AUGACGCAAGAUGUAGGUUCUGAGUCUCUUGCCAUCCAUAUAGACCUCGAAUCCGACCCUCGUUUGGAUGUUAAAUGGUCUAGAGUUGAUGCGGAAGCGACAAUUGACCAAUGUGACGUGGGGUUUCAGAGCGUAUUCGGAGCGUGGUGCGCUGUGGUCCCGUUCAUGGGCCUGUUAAUCAGCCUGGGGAUCCUAUAUCCCUGGACAAGUACUUACCAGCUUCAGGGUUACUCGGAAUCAAGCAUUGGCUGGAUAUAUGGUGCUUAUGGGUUUUUCCUCUAUCUUGACGGAUCACAGGAUGGUAGGCAUGACUGCACCGAGCUUCUAUUGGUGGCUGCAUUGAUCUGCUUCAGCUUCAGUGAGGAGUAUUACCAUAUCUUCCUAGCCUUCAGCGUCCUCGGAGGUCUCUCUGUAUGUACACUAUUCACACUAGCCGUUUUUUGCGUUGGACACAGGCUCAACAUCCGCUACGGCUAUACAACAGGCAUCGCUUACACAGCCGGCGGACUAGGCAGCGUCAUAUUCCCACUGAUAACCCUAUUCGCGGCCCCCAAGAUCGGCUUCACAUGGGCCAUCCGCACCAUUGCUCUCCUCUGCGCCGUCCUCUGGACACUAGCCUGCCUUCUCCUGAAAUCACGACCCCCGAGCAACAAGAAAGCCGGUGCCUCCAACAUCAAGCAUGCCUCAACCACAGAAGCCGUAUUCGUCGAAUUCGCCGUCCUCAUCCCAAUAACCUACAUCUCCUCAUACGCAGUCCAUAUUAGCUUAAGCAACACUUUUUUCUAUGCACUGAUCGUCUUCCUUAACUUAGGAGCCGUGCCAGGCCGCUUCUUAUCAGGCUUCGUUGCCGAUCGCCUAGGCCGUCUCUGGCUCAACGCGUGGGGCAAUGUCGCUGCUAUUUUCUGCUACGCUGCGUUAUUUGGGUUCUGGAGAUGA